CUUGUCAUUCCGGAAGCAAAUUCUUGAUUCGAGGAAACCACCAUUGGUGAAGCUACUACAGUGGCUUGUUUGUAUACCGCUCACGUAACUUACUAGCUACCUAGUUUUAAUUGGUUAGUUCUAGCACUCCGCGAUAGCCAGCUAGCUACAUGGACCCGAUGUGAAGCCAGCCCGAGCAUUCUGAUGCAGUUUCUGUUCUCUGCAAAUAUUUUUCGAUACGAAGCGAACUGGUCAGUUAGCUAUGAUGUCGAAUUACGUGGCUUUCCAUGCUCAGUUAACCUCCAUUAUGGAGGUAUUAACUAAAGCCGCCAUAGCAGAAAUUUGUGAACUUGUGGACGAUGGUUAUGCGGUUUUACAUUUGGAAAUUUCUCGAAGUCAAAAAGAAAACGAGGCUCUGAAGAGGAAAUUACGAAUGAUGGAGCUGAGAGCUGCCCGAGGAUCCUGGGACAGAAGACGAGCAGCCGAGAGCCAUGUAAAGAGGCUGUCUAGUGGAGUACGGCUUUGUGAUGAAUUUACUGGGACUGCUCGGGUGAGAGACUUCUCCAUUGGUUGUCCGGCAGGCAUCAGUUUGUGGGCAGAUGUGGACCCACCAACUGUGGAUGAUGAAGACCCUUCCGUUAGGUCUGCUGCGUGUGAGAAGUCUGCAGACAUAGAGGAGGAAAGGCCUGAAGUACAAACUAUCAAAAAGGAGGGAGUGGAUGAGGUUGUGCAAGCCAGUGACCCUCAUGGAGGACUGAAGUUCAAUGAGGAGAGACCUGUGGAGGCUGGGGGUGAAAAGGCUUCUGAUGUGGAUGCACAGACUGAACCUGUAAUUGGUACAGAGGAACCCACUGUGCAGCAAGGCACCAGACAGCGUGUUUGGGAAGACAGCAGACCGGACACUGUUCUGAAGGCAGAAGCAGAUCAUGAGUCUGUAAACCCCCAGGAUACAGAAGGGAGACUGAACAGCCUGGAAAAUGGGUAUGCUUUGUAUGAGAGACCUGGUCAGUUGGACACUUUCUUUACACGGGGGGACUCUGAAACUGAGACCGAGGAGCCUGCUUGCUCUUAUUCUCCAAACACCAGCUCAGACAGUCUCCCGAUCCAUCCGGAGCUGCAGCUCAGUCCCACCGCUGCUAAAGGUGUAGGGGACAGGUUGUCGCCUGUAGGGCGCCCUGAUGUGAAACCAGAUAUAAUACUGAUAGAUUCUGAACCCCUUACAGUGGAUGCUGAGAUGCAUUCUGCAUGGACAAAAGAGUCCGUGCCAGGAGUGGUGCACUCGCAACAAAGGAAUUACAAGGAAUAUGGGCAGAGGGAAGACUUGCAUCCAGAAAAUGCACUCCAGAUGCCAGUGAGAGAGUGUAGAACUGAGUCAAACUCACAAAUGAACAGACGUUUCACCUCAGGUUCCAGACUUAAGUCUAAUAACAGAAUUAGCUCCAGAGAGAAACGAUUCAUUUGUGGAUACUGUGGAAAGAGUUUUACUUGCCCAAAAUAUCUUCAGACGCACCAGAGGGUUCACACAGGUGAAAAACCGUACAGCUGCAUGCACUGCGGGAAGCGGUUCGCUCAGUCAAGCUACCUUAAGAAACAUCAGACUGUUCAUACGGGAGAGAAGCCGUUCAGCUGUGCACAGUGUGGGAAGCGGUUUGCUGACUCAAGCAAUCUCAUAAGACACAAAAGUGUUCACACAGGAGAGAGACCGUUCAUUUGCAUACAUUGUGGGGAAAGAUUUGCGGGGAAGCAUAACCUUAAAAUACACCAACAGAGAAACCAUCCGUCUGUGUGGAGCUCAAGAUAGAAUCUAAACAAAGAGUCAGAUACUUUUGAUUUAGUACACAUAGCAUGGGGUGGUUUUGAAGGAGAUUUAACAAAAUAAAGGAUAACACCAAGCAACUUUAAUUUAGAUGUCUGUUACUAAAGUGUGUCAAUCAUGAAAGAAGACAUCCUUGUUGUAUGUGACUUGAUUUGUGCUAUUGUGCUAUCUGUGUUAUUCUUGUGUUAAUGUAAACAGGAAGCAGAAAGCUGCUCAUACAGGCCAGUUGCUAUUGGUUAUGUGUUCAAUUCAGCUAUUUGAAUUGGACAUUUCGUGGUUAUUGGUAUAGUAGCCCUACUGUAAUUACUGGUGUAAAAUAUAAGUGUUGAAAAGGCUGUAAAACAUGUUAUUGGUAUAAAUCUGAAAACAAAAAAGUAAACAGGAAAUUGUGUUAUUGGAAUUUA